UGUAACACUUAUAGCAUCCUGUGUUCAUUUAAUUUAUUCAAUAUCUACCUUGUUUUUGUGUAAAAUUGUUUGAUACACAUCUUAUUUUUUGUGUACUUAUUUUUCUGGUUCUUUCUUCAACUUUGUGUUUGAUUUAUUAAACUUAUUCUACAAUGGCUCUUCAUCUUAAUGGAAAGGCUGCGCUCGCAGAAGCUAUUAAAGCUGCCGGAGAUAAAUUGAUUGUGAUUGACUUUUUUGCUACAUGGUGUGGACCUUGUCGUGUCAUCUCACCUGUCAUCGAUAAAAUGGUCACUGAAUAUUCAGAUGUCACCUUCAUCAAAAUAGAUGUUGAUGAAAAUGAAGCUGUUGCUGAAGAGUAUGGAAUCAGUGUUAUGCCAACCUUCAUUUUCCUCAAAAAAGGAGCAAAGUUGGGCGAGAUGACUGGUGCAAACGAAGCAACCCUUAAAACAAAUGUUGAGAAAUAUCGAACCCAAUAAUAGAUUAUUUAAUGAUUUUCAAGUUCUCUUUGUCAAACCAUCAUUAUCUAUGGCCUAAAUUGUACUUUAAUGUCUUUUUGUUUUUAGACUCAUUAAAAGUACUCGUGAACCUAUUUCAUCAAAA